GCCGCUUGGGCUGGCCUCUUUCUCGGCGAUGGCGGCGGCCCGGGACGCGGCUUCGGCUUGCAGCGCGGACUCCUUCCAGCUCCGGCACCUGCACCUGGCGCUGAGCGCGCACUUCGGGCCGGCCGGCUCGGGGCAUUUGCAAGGCUGCGUCCGCCUGGAGCUGACAUGCCUGCGAGACCGCGCCAGCGAAGUGGUGCUGGACUCGCACCCCAGCGUCAAGGUGGAAGGCGCCGGGCUGGCGCCGCCGGGGAGCCGCUGCGGCGAAGUGCAGGGCCCGCAGCCAGGCGCGCUGAGGCCGCUCGCCUUCCAGAGCCGCCCGUUCGCCAGCUACGGCUCGGCGCUGCACGUCACCCUGCCGGAGCCUCUGACGUGCGGGGACACGGUGGUGCUGGAGAUCGCCUACCGAGCCGGAGCGGGGCCCGGGGUGUGUUGGCUUACUCCUGAGCAGACAGCAGGGAAGCAGAAGCCCUAUAUGUACACGCAAGGCCAAGCUGUUCUGAAUAGGAGCUUUUUCCCUUGCUUUGACACCCCUGCCGUUAAAAGUACAUACUCUGCUCUUAUAAAGGUCCCUGAGGGUUUCACAGCAGUGAUGAGUGCAGUUACCCGGGAGAAGCAGAAGGACAACACUUUCUACUUCAAGAUGCCUCUGCGCAUCCCAUCCUAUCUGGUUGCCCUGGUUGUUGGGGACAUAGUUUCUGCUGAAGUUGGACCCAGGAGCCAUGUAUGGGCCGAGCCCUGCCUGAUUGAGGCUGCUAAGAAAGAGUACGAUGGUGUGAUUGAAGAGUUUCUUAGCACGGGAGAGAAGCUUUUUGGACCAUAUGUAUGGGAAAGGUACGAUGUUCUGUUUAUGCCUCCCUCGUUCCCUUUCGGGGGGAUGGAGAACCCCUGUAUCACCUUUGUGACUCCAUGCCUGUUGGCCGGCGAUCGCUCCCUAGCAGAUGUGAUCAUCCACGAGAUCUCGCAUAGCUGGUUUGGCAAUCUGGUCACCAAUGCCCAUUGGGGGGAGUUUUGGCUGAAUGAAGGCUUCACUAUGUAUGCACAGAGGAGGAUCACUAAAGAAAUUUAUGGUGCUGCUUAUACUUGCUUAGAAGCUGCCACAGGGAGGGCUUUGCUUCGCCAACAUAUGGACAACACCGGAGAAGACCAUCCCCUCAACAAGCUCAGAGUGAAAAUAGAGCCAGGUGUUGAUCCUGAGGACACCUAUAAUGAAACCCCUUAUGAAAAGGGCUACUGUUUUGUCUCCUACCUUGCUCACCUUGUCGGGGACCAGAAGAAGUUUGAUGCUUUCCUCCAGGCGUAUGUCAACCAAUUCAAGUUUCAGAGCAUCACAGCAGAUGAAGCACUAGAGUUCUACUUGAAUUAUUUCCCAGAGCUGAAGAAGAAAGGGGUAGAUACCAUUCCAGGCUUUGAGUUUGAUCGGUGGCUGAACACUCCUGGUUGGCCCCCAUACCUUCCUGACCUUUCACCUGGGGAGGAGCUGAUGAAGCCAGCUGAGAACCUGGCAGAGCUCUGGGCAUCUCCUGACUGCGACAUGCAGGCAAUUAGAGCAGUAGAUAUCUCAACUUGGAAAACCUUCCAGCUGGUCUAUUUCCUGGAUAAGAUCUUGGCGAAAUCCCCACUGCCAGAUGGGAACAUUGAGAAGAUGAGUGCCAUGUACAGCAAGAUCUCCAAAGCACGGAAUGCAGAGCUGCGCCUCCGUUGGUGCCAGAUUCUCCUCAAGAACAACCACGAGGCGGAGUUUGGCAAAGUGAAAGACUUCCUUCACAGCCAGGGAAAGCAGAAGUACACCCUGCCCAUCUAUCGUGGCAUGGUGAGCGGCUCGGAGGCUGCACAGGCGCUGGCUGUGGAGACAUUUUCUGCCACGGCUCCACAGCUCCAUGUUAACGUCCAGAACUACGUCAAAAAGAUACUGAGCGCGAAGAGUUAAGGAAACUGAGAAGGAAAUCACAAUUCCAAAGUAGUCCAUUGCUCAAACUUCAGCAGAUGUCUGUAUGCCGUGGGGGGGUGGG